GAGUCAAUACAAUCAGGAACCCCAGGCCAGGGGCUGGGGAGAUGGCUCAGCCUUCAAGAGCACUGACUGCUCUUCAGAGGUCCUGAGUUCAGUUCUCACUACAUGGCGGCUCACAACCAUCUGUAAUGGGAUCCGAUGCCCUCUGGUGUGUCUGAAGACAGCGAGUGUACUCAUGUACAUAAAAUAAUUCUUUAAAAAAAGAAAGUCCUAGGCUAAUCUUGAGCCACAUAGUCCCUUUCAAUUAUUUUCAUUAGACCUAGGCUACAUUGAGUUUCAGGCUAUACAGUGACUUUCUAGCUAGCCUGGGCUAGCUGUUUAAAAAGGAAAUAGAAGGGGCAUUUUCUUUUGAAUAUUUCCCUAUGUAUUCUGGGUCUGGAAGGCUAGCUGUAUAACUGAGGUUAGACCUACCUUCUGCCACAUCUCGAGGGUCACAGUGUGCCCUGAGUUCCUUGUCCAACACAAAGUUUGUCUUCUACCCUUUUGGGGAGGUGGUGAUGUGUGUGAUUUAUGCAGUGUGUGAACAUUUGAGUGUGUCUAAAACAUGGCAGGGGAAGGGUAGAGAAUUCCAGGAUCUCCAGUCUGGCCAGCUGGCUUCCUUGGCCAGGCCAGUCUGAAGACAGCACAGAGUCUUUCACGACAUGUGCUGGAUGUGAGAGAAGCUUCAACCAUGCAGUGCCACCCUCACGGGUGAGCAAGUACGUGGUGAGAACCGGGUCCAGAGGGCUCAGGCCAUAGCACAAAGGGCAAAUGGUGGGAUCCUCCCUCUGGUGACCUCAGGACCUUUGUUGGCACACAUGGUCAACAGUUCUUGGAACCACUGAGGAUCUCAUGAGUUUUGUGCCAUGUUAGUGGCUUGUAUCUAGCUGUUUAUAGUAUUAAAAUUGAACUUGGAUUUUAAGCAGGGUCUCGCUGUGUAGCCCAAAUUGGCUUAAACUGGCAACCCCCAUUUCCCCAGUAGCUCAUCCCUCUUGAGUGCUUAGAUUAUAAUUAUAGUAUGUGAUCACAACUUGUUGAAACCCUGCUUUUAAAAUCCCAAGAUAACUCAGCUGGGAGAUGUUAGCCACCAAGGUGUUGUGUGAGGGAGGGAGGCUGUGGAAAGCCCAGCUGUGCUCUCCAAGGAAGAAGGAGUGUGCCUAGUAUCCACAGUUUUGACUUUUUGAACCUUCAGUACAUUACGUAGCUAAGGCUGUUUUAAACUCCUGGUGCUCCUGCCUCAGCCACUGAGUGCUGGGAUUAGAGAUAUACACCACCACACCCAGCUGCCAAGCACAACAAGGUGUGUUGGUGUGGAGUGUGUGUGUGUGUGUGUGUGUGUGUGUGUGUGUGUGUGUGUGUGCGCGCGCGCGUGUGCGCGCGCGUGUGCGCGCUCUCCUAUGCUUGUUGGGCACAGGGCCUCCACCAUACCCUAGAGAAGGGUCUUGAAACUUAUGUGUGUGACCUGAUUUGUGAACAGAACUCAAUUUUCCUGGGUCACAGAACCAGGUCCAUAUGUUUUAAUUUGCCUUCAUGGCCUUUUACUCUACUGAAAAAAAAAAAUUACUGUGGGCUGCAGUGUAGUUAGGUGGUAAAGCACAUGCUUAGUUAACAUUCAUGAGGUCCUGGGUUCAAGCCCCAGCAUUCAAAAAUAGAUAUAUUGUAUUUUGCAAUUGUGUCGCUAUAAAGAAUUCAUUGUGAUAUACUUGGUAUUUUUUCAUACUUUACUAUUUAAGUUUUAAUAUAUUCUUUAAUAUUUCCUACAAGUAUAUAUAAUGUUUUGGUUAUAUGCAUGUACAUAACCCACUCCCCACCUCCAACUUGCCCCAGAUACCCCUAACAUGUUCCCCUUCCAAAUUCAGUCCUUUUUAAAAGUCCAGUUAUUGACUAUGAUCAUGGGUGUGGGGCCAUUCACUGGAGUAUGGGCAAACCUACCAGUAGCCACACACACACACCGCAAAAAUGACUGACUCCCCCUGUAGCCAUAAGUUGCCCAGAGUUCUUCAUUUUGAGCCCUGAGGGGUGGCUCUGCCUCUAAUCUUGGAACUCAGGAGGCUGGGGCAGCAGGAUUGCUUCACAUUCAAGAGCACCUGAACUGCAGCGUGAGACUGUCAAACCAUGGGGUUUUGGUGGGCUCUAGGGUUCACAGACUUCACCUAACAGGACCUGUGUAGAUGGGAGGAUGACGUCAAACCCUUAGGUAUAUGUGAUGGGACUUCUGACCUCCAGGCUGGACUGUCCUAAGUCACUAUUGUCCCCUUUUCUGUUAGGGACACGUUUUCCACUGACCAGUUGAAGCUGGGUGUUCUUAAGCUCGAUGGCUUGAGCUGGCCAUGGCCAACAUAAUCUUGUUUCUCUUUUGUCCCUCCAGGCAGGACCUCAGAGGCCCCUGAGCUCCUACCUGGUUUUCGGGCGGGGCCCUUGGAAGGUAUGGGGUGGAAUCCUUGGUGGGGCUUCUCUUGCCCCCAUAGACUGCUUCUGUAUCUAGUUGUCCUCCCUAGCCUCUAACUACUUCUCGCUGGAGACCUCCACUAAACCUGCCCCAUUCUGUGACAUCUGUGGCCUGGCUGUGGGCGUGGGGUGGUCUGGGCUGGUUGAAGAGGUUCUGGGGCAUAGGCAAGGGACUCGAGUGACUGGUGCCUGCUUUGUUCUUGUGGGGCUCGGGUACGGGCUGUGGCUCUUCCCAUCCUGAAGGCUACUGUUUGUUGCUCCAGCCAGGCUCCCUCUUGCUCUCUGCUUUGUCUGUUUGAACUCAGGAUAAGGUCUCUGACGUGGGCACUGAAGCAGGCUGUCCUGGGGUUGGUGUCCCUCUGUUGCUGCGCCCCAGUCUUGGGCACAGAGAACCAAGCUGUAGUUGCAGGUUCUCUGAGGAGCUUUGCAGGUAGUCCCUUGUCCCUGUGCUGGCUCCAUAGCACCGUGUGAAGCCUGGGUGCCCUGCCCGUCCCUGUUAUUCCUUGGCCCUCCCAGCUCAGAGACCAUUCUCCUUCUUCUGCAGAUUGGCUCUUUGUGGUCGUGGUCUGCCUGGCGAGCCUCCUCCUCUUCCUCCUCCUGGGCAUCUGCUGGUGCCAGUGCUGUCCUCACACCUGCUGCUGCUAUGUCCGAUGUCCCUGCUGCCCAGACAAGUGCUGUUGCCCUGAGGCUCGUAAGUGCCCCUUCUCUGUUCCCCGCACUGGAACUCUGCUGGGCACAUUGGUUUGCCUUCUAGAUCUGGAGACUAAGGCAGUGUGCACAGCAGACCAUUAGAACCUGUUACCUUAUUAUUCACUUACUUCAGCCUUUAAGUUCCUCUCUCUUGAGACUUCUCUUACUGUUGUGUUGGGAAUUGAAGCAAGGGCCCUGUAUGUGCUAGGCAAACACACCCACUGAACUUCAACCCUAACUUGGAAGUUUUUUUUCCCUUGAGAGGAUAAUUUUAUUGCUGUGGCUCAUAGACCACAAAAAUUAAUAAUGCCCAACAUUCCAAGAUAUUAUUGUAGAUAAUAUCACAGGAAGGUAGAGCUCCCUCCCAUUAAAAAACAAAAUCCAGGUGGGUGUGGCAGUGUUCCUAGGCAAUCCCAGCACUGUGGAAAGAUGAAGACAGGGAGAUCUGAAGUUUGAGGUUAGCCUGGGCUACACAGGAUCCUGUCUCAAACAAAGCAGAAACCUCAAGUGGAAAGGUAAGAAAUUAAAUGGAGUUUGUGGGCACACAACCACUCAAGCUGCACAUCCUAUGUGCAACCUCUGUAUUAGAUAUAUAUAGCCCUCACAUCCAAGUGGGUACCUGUGGAGGGCUUGGGACAGAAAUAAAGAGGCAGAUACAUAAAGCAGUGGAAGGGAGGAUAAGGAAAUCGGUAAUUCCAUCUCCGUGUCCUUUAAUUUCCCCUGGGAGGCUGUGUGGAUACCUCUGCACCCUGGUACGUUACCACAGAAGAGAACAGGCCAAGUGGGGCUUUGAGGCCAGCUAAGUGCCUGAUGGGCUGAUACAGGCACAACAGGAGCUGGAGGUUUGUGUGUGGCUAGCACUUGGGGGGCCCACAUAACGUGCUCCACACCUGCCCCUGUUGGACCGUGCUGUGAGGUCAGGGAGGCCUGCUGUGUACUCUGUGUGACACUAAGAGACAACUGUAAAGUGCCAGGAUGAAGCUGCCAAGCUGUGUGCUUAAACCACUGCUCUCAAAAAGCCUUCUCUAGUCUUACUGACCGUGCUAACAUGGCCCGUGGGUCCAUUUUACAGAUGCGGAGAGAGCCCCAGAAGCUGUGAGCACUCUGCCCAGGGCUGGGUCCAUCUAGACUCCAUUGUCACAUACCUAGGAACCUAUUGCUUCCCCAUGGGAAUUUCCCUGUCCUCUCUGCCCCAGUUCCUUACCGCCUUACAGGAAGUAUUAGCCUGAUGCUGAUUAUAACCUAGCCAGUCACUAAAUUAAUGAAGGGUCUCCUCGUGGACAGAGCUGAGCUCCCAAAUUAGAGGAAGCCUGUAGCGUCCCAAGGAGAGCCCAGUAACUUUUGUAUUGAACAAGCAUGCCAAGCAAGCACUCUACCACUGACCUACAUUCUCAGGCUUCUUUUUACUGAUUUCAAGACUGCAUCUUCCUAACUCAAGCUGGCUGGCCUUAAAACUCUGAGCCCUUCAAGACUGGAGAGAUUAGCUGGGCAAGGUGGAGCACGCCUUUGGCCCUGGUGCUCUGUGAGUUCAAGGCUAGCCUGGUCUACAAAGCAAGUUCCAGGAUAACCUGGGCUGUAGCACAGAGAAACCCUACCUUGAAAAAACAAAAAGCUCAGUGGUUAAAAAAAAACAAAACAAAAAAACAAAAAAACCACACUUACUCUCAUGAAGAGGACCAGAAUCUGAUUCUCAGCCCAGCACCGCCCACUUCAGGGCUAUCUUAUUCCUCUGGCCUCCACAAGCACCUACACUCAAAUGCACAUAUCCACACCCCCCAAAACACACACACACACACACACACACUCUCACUCUCUCUUAUUGGAAGUCAGAAAGUUCAGGAAGCCAGGGCUGGUAAGAUGGUUGGUUCAGUUGUUCAGCUGUUUCGAAGCCCCACAGCAGGAGGUUGAUCCCUAGGCCCCCUGUUGGGGAAGGAGAGCAAAUUCCUGCAAGCAGUCUUCUGACUUCCACACAUCCAAUAAAUGGGAGCAAUGAUGAUGGUGAGAACAGACAAAAAGCCUCCAGCUCCCAUAGGCCUUGAACAAUUCCCCUGCCUCAGUUUUCUGGGUAGGUGGUAUCUGCCACCCAUUUCUCGCCUAAGAACAGUUUACCCUUGAACUGUCAAGCUAGAAUCAGUGGGGGGGGGGGGGGGGGGAGUAUGGCCAGCAUUUAGAAACCCGGAAGGUACUCUAUUCCUCUAGGGCAGGCAAGGUAACUUCUGGGGCCCUCUCACUCCACUUACUGCAUCUGCAAGGUGACAGGAUGUUGUGGAUCCUACAGACUUGACUUUCCCAGUGUGGGCUAGGCCUAGGCUAGGCUAGGACAGAAGUUGGCCCAGAACAGGGGCUUUAUUUCUGUAAAGAGAGUGACUUUGCCUGCUAAUGCCUUUAGAUAUAGACCUGUCCUUCUUGGUUUCUAUGUUUGCCAAGGCAGGAGGAUCACAAGUUCAAGGUCUACCUUGGCUACAGAGUUUAGGAUUCUUCCUCGGCCACAGCUCAGUGGAAAAACACCUAGGAAGUGUGAGGUUCUGGGGUCCUUUCCCAGUACCAAAACACAGGCAGAAAGACCUUGGAGUUUCACGUAAAAUCUUUCCAUUGUCAGCUGUUGGCAAACCAUGUGUAGAUUGGGGCCCUGAUGUAUCAGUGUGCAUCACUGUUCUCCACUCCUUGAAAAGUCAGAUAGGAUGUAGGGACUUGGUGAAGGCUGUGUCCCCUGGCCUAGAUAGAGUACUGCGGGGAUGGUAUGGAGGGGCAGAACCAUGUCUCCCAGAAUCCCAUUCCAGCAUGGGACUGCACAGUUUCUGAUUACUGCCAAUCUGCCUUCCCAGUUUAUGCUGCUGGCAAAGCAGCCACCUCAGGUGUCCCGAGCAUCUAUGCCCCCAGCAUCUAUACCCACCUCUCACCUGCCAAGACCCCACCACCUCCGCCUGCCAUGAUUCCCAUGGGCCCUCCCUAUGGGUACCCUGGAGACUUUGACAGACAUAGCUCAGGUAAGGCCUGGGGGAAACCAGACAAGGGGUGGGAUAGGGCUGGAAGGGAGCAUGGGAGAUUGGGAGUAGCCAACUCUGUUCCAAAUGGCAACCAGUCACUGACAACCAAUGUCUAACUAGUUGGUGGCCACAGCUCCCAAGUACCCCUGCUGCGUGACGUGGAUGGCAGUGUAUCUUCAGGUAAGAACUUGUUAUUUUGAAGUGGUUGUGCCUGGAGGGUUGAUCAACAUGCAUCCCCAUGAACCAAUCACCUUGUUCCUCUCCUCAGAAGUACGAAGUGGCUACAGGAUCCAGGCUAACCAGCAAGAUGACUCCAUGAGGGUCCUAUACUAUAUGGAGAAAGAGCUAGCCAACUUUGACCCUUCCCGACCUGGCCCUCCCAAUGGCAGAGUGGAACGGGGUGAGCUGCAGACCUGAGUCUAAGGGGGAUGAAGCAUGCUUGCUACCAAUCUUGCGGAGACAAUCUUGCAUGCAGUGCUCCCAGGGGAGGAUGUGAGGGGUGUGAGCGUGGGUAACAAGGUUGGACCCAUCUUUGUACCAGUAAUAUCUCCCUUCUCUACAGCCAUGAGUGAAGUAACCUCCCUCCAUGAAGAUGACUGGCGAUCGAGGCCUUCCAGGGCUCCUGCCCUCACCCCCAUCAGGGAUGAGGAGUGGAAUCGCCACUCCCCACAGAGUCCCAGAACAUGGGAGCAGGAACCCCUUCAAGAACAACCAAGGGGUGGUUGGGGGUCUGGACGGCCUCGGGCCCGCUCUGUGGAUGCUCUAGAUGAUAUCAACCGGCCUGGCUCCACUGAAUCAGGACGGUCUUCUCCCCCAAGUAGUGGACGGAGAGGACGAGCCUAUGCACCUCCAAGAAGUCGCAGCCGGGAUGACCUCUAUGACCCGGACGAUCCUAGGGACUUGCCACAUUCCCGAGAUCCCCACUAUUAUGACGACAUCAGGUCUAGAGAUCCACGUGCUGACCCCAGAUCCCGUCAGCGAUCCCGAGAUCCUCGGGAUGCUGGCUUCAGGUCAAGGGACCCUCAGUAUGAUGGGCGACUAUUAGAAGAGGCUUUAAAGAAAAAGGGGUCGGGCGAGAGAAGGAGGGUUUACAGGGAGGAAGAAGAGGAAGAGGAGGGCCAAUACCCCCCAGCACCUCCACCUUACUCAGAGACUGACUCGCAGGCCUCACGGGAGAGGAGGCUGAAAAAGGUGAGCUGAGACCCUCUGACUUAAGACCUUCAGAACCCCUCUCCUACAGCCCAUACACUUAACAGUUCUUCUUUUCUCCUUUUGCAGAAUUUGGCCCUGAGUCGGGAAAGUUUAGUCGUCUGAUCCACGUUUUGUAUGUAGCUUUUGUACUUUUUUUUUUAAUUGGAAUCAAUAUUGAUGAAACUUCAAGCCUAAUAAAAUGUCUAAUCACAAGAUCUAUGCAUCUAUUUUGCUGCGCGGCUUGGGAAGAAGGGGGACUAGCCAAAGAACGGACCAGACAGGAUCUCAGCCUUCUCCUUGGCCAGCCGCCUGGAGUACGUGCCCCAAGCCGCCUCCGCCCUGCCCCGCCCCGACGUGCGCAUGCGCCCCGCGUCCUCGGGAGCGCGAGCGCGCGGUCCCGUUCCCCAUCCUCCCGGCUCCUCUACGACCUACUUUAGUCUUCAAACCCUGUGCCCCGGCGAUCUGAGCCCCGCGUCCGUGUUGCCGGGCGUUUCAGCCCGGCCUGCGUUCCAGCCCGCGGUGGUCCCUCGUAGAGUCCCCGGGCCUGCGCGCGUGCGCGCCCGGCCGCCACCAAAGACAGACAGCGCGCGCGUUCCCCGGGGCCUCCCCUUCCCCUCCCCCGCGCGCGCGCCCGCCCCGGGAUCGCGCCGUCGCCGCCACCGCGCGCGCGCAGCUCCAGUAAAGGAGGAAAAAAAAAAGAAAAAAAAAGAGAAGGGGGGGGUGAUAGAAAGCGGCGGCAGCUGCAGCCACGAUCCGCCGCCGAACCGGGCCAGGCCGGGCGGCGGACGCGAGAGCCGAGGAUCUGGGAAACAGGGCGGCCGCCAUCCGGGCAGGGCCGAGUUAAAAAAAAAAAAAAAAAAAAAAAAAAAAGAAAGCUCAAGUCGCGGCGGCGGCGGCGGCGAGCACUCAGGGAAGCAGGCCCCAGGCCGCGUGCGGCGGGGCGGCGGGGCGGCGAGCCGGCCGGCGGGCGGGCGGGGGGCAGCUGAGCUGUGGCCCGGAGCCUCGCGCCGCCCGGAGCCGGCGGCGGGCGGAGGCGGCAGGAGGAGGCGGCAGCUGCAGGAGUAGCGGCGGCGGCGGCGGCGGCAUCUCCUCCUCACAUGACCCCACUGUUUGUCCCCGUGAUCAGCGCGAGCGGCUCCCGUGUCUCCUCCGUCCCCUCCUGCCGCGCGGCGUGAGCGCCGGGCUCGGGCCCCCCCGGCCGCCCGCCCCCUCCCCUCCCUCCCCUCCCCUCCCCCCCCGCCCCCCCCAUGGACAUGCUGGACCCGGGUCUGGAUCCCGCUUCCUCGGCCACCGCUGCUGCCGCCGCCAGCCACGACAAGGGACCCGAGGCCGAGGAGGGCGUUGAGCUGCAGGAAGGCGGGGACGGCCCGGGGGCUGAGGAGCAGACGGCGGUGGCCAUCGCCAGCGUCCAGCAGGCGGCGUUCGGCGACCAUAAUAUCCAGUACCAGUUCCGCACAGAGAGUAAUGGAGGCCAGGCUGUAAUUCAAAAUCCAUUCAGCAAUGGUGGCAGCCCAGCGGCCGAAGCUGUCAGCGGGGAGGCACGGUUUGCUUAUUUUCCAGCAUCCAGUGUCGGCGAUACCACAGCUGUGUCUGUUCAAACUACAGACCAGAGCCUACAGGCCGGAGGCCAGUUCUAUGUCAUGAUGACACCCCAGGAUGUGCUUCAAACAGGAACACAGAGGACAAUUGCACCCCGGACACACCCCUAUUCUCCGAAAAUUGAUGGAACCAGAACUCCUCGAGAUGAGAGAAGAAGAGCUCAGCACAAUGAAGUGGAGCGGAGAAGGAGGGACAAGAUCAACAACUGGAUUGUCCAGCUUUCAAAAAUCAUUCCAGAUUGUCAUGCAGACAACAGCAAGACAGGGGCGAGUAAAGGGGGCAUCCUGUCCAAGGCUUGCGAUUACAUCCGGGAGCUACGCCAGACCAACCAGCGUAUGCAGGAGACCUUCAAGGAGGCAGAGCGGCUGCAAAUGGACAAUGAGCUCCUGAGGCAGCAGAUCGAGGAGCUGAAGAACGAGAACGCCCUGCUUCGAGCCCAACUGCAGCAGCACAACCUGGAAAUGGUGGGCGAGAGCACCCGGCAGUGAUGCCCGCUGGCUCACCCUUCAGCUGCUGCCGGCCUCUGCUGCCCCUCCCCCAGCCCUUAGCACAGAGAGGGAGAUGCCCCUCCCCAAGCUGCGUUUUUUAUAGUAGAUUUUUAACAAAAACAAGGAGACAUAAUGCAUUUCUGUUGAUACAUUGCCCACUACCCUCCCCCAUGCGGAAAUGAUGUCCACCUGCCCAUCUGUCCGUCAGCCUCCCUUCUCGGCCCUCACCAGCCCAUCACUUAUAGUGGGCUCAUCGGGAGGAGCGAGGGAGGAGGACAGAGGCCCCGCUGCCCGCUGCCUCCUUGGUCUCUAGAGGUAUUGAGACAGGGUGCUUAUGGGAAGGAGGGAGCUUUGGGGAUGGGGGCCUUCCCUGGGGCCUGGACCUAUGCAGGGAGGCCAAGCCCCCCCACCCCUCUUGUUUCUGGAUCCCUGCUCCCCUCUGGGUGUGUGGGUGUGUAUGUGUGUGUGUGUGUGUGCGCGUGUGCGUGUGUGUGUGUGUGUGUGUGUGUGUGUGUGUGUGUGUGUGUGUGUGUUUUAAUUUUCUUUAUGGAAAAUGGACAAAAAAUAGAGAGAGAGGUAUUUAACUGCAAUAAACUGGCCAGUGUGGCCCCGCCU